UAAAAAUGUAAAAAGAAAAGAAAAUCGUCAAAGCAGUAUCUUGUUGGAUAAUUCUUAGAAAAAUAAUGAUGUGGAUUAAUAUAUUCUUUUCCUUGGCUGUUAUAGGUUUAGGUAAUUAAUCAACUAAUUAAAGGAAUAUACAAGUAUUCAGAUGGCAAUUUUAACAAUUUUGCAGAUGUGUUCAUUCCAUUUUAUUUGAUAGUUUUUGGAAUCUUAUUAAUAUUUGCAGAAGCUGAAUGGUUAAUCUUAAUUAAGCACUUUAAAUUUUUAGACAAUUAUUUUGGAAGGUAUUGAUGACAUAAUAUAUUUAGAGGAUUUUAUAAUAUCUUUUUGGGAACAAUGCUUCUUAACAUCAUUAGUAUUAAUAAUGAUGGUAAUCCUGAUAGAAAUUUCACUUGGGUGAUGGUAGUUAUUGUCUCCUCAACAAUGGCUUUCGUUGGUGUAAUGGAGAUAUUUUUAUAUAUAUGGCAUUGCGGAGCUAAAAGUGAAAAAUAUACAAAAUAUGAUGAAAAAUAAGAAAUACAAUAAAAAUUAUUAAAAGAAGAGGAUAAGUUGACCUAACAAAUUUCCUAAAGUGUGCAAAGCGAAAUUGAUAUAAAAUAUUCUGCUUCAAAACAACCACAAAGUUCUAUUUAAGAUGAAUACAAAUAAAAUUAUUCCCUAUAAUAACAAUAAUAGCCAUUUUAAGAUAAUAGCAAUCCUGCCAUGGUUUAUACACCAGAGCAAAUCUAUAAAAUGUAAUAAAAUCCAGAAGAAUAUUCAAAAUGGCUUAAGUAGUAGCUCUAAAUGACAGAAUCAAAAUUGCCUAGAUAAGAAUAACUAUAUGGAAAUUCAUAAUUAUGA